UGUCCUCUUUCUUUUUUGAUUUAUUUUAAUCUUGAAAACUUACAUGGAUUUGGUUUGUUUUGUUUGAUUCUUUUUAAGGCUUUUCCAUAUUAUAUUCUUCAAAACUUCUUGUCUCAAAUGACAAGCAUGCUUUGUUAGUGCCACUGCUGCCCACUGCCACCAAAAGCAAACUGCUCUCUCCACCUCCAUUUAGGCUCUGACAUUACAUGAUUUUUGGUUUAAUGGGAGAUUUCUGCCAUAAAAACCACAAAAAUUGCUUCUGAUUUGAAGAUUUUCUCAUAAAAUAACCACUCCCUUUUGAACCUCACCCUCUUUUCUUCUUCUUCUUCUUCUUCUUCUUCUUCUUCUUCAUUUGCAAUAGCUUCAACCUUCUACUUUGGCUUUGUCUCUGGUUUCUUGUACAUGAGCAUUUAAUGGGAAUGAAGAGAACUGAGGCUACUGUUUCCUGUCUUGUGGCUUCUUUAUUGAUUUGGGUUUCUUCAAUAAAUGCUUUGUUAUCACCCAAAGGUGUUAACUAUGAAGUUCAAGCUUUGAUGGGUAUAAAAGCUUCUCUUCAAGAUCCCCAUGGUGUGCUUGAGAAUUGGGAUGGGGAUGCUGUUGACCCAUGUAGUUGGACUAUGGUUACUUGCUCUCCUGAGAGCCUUGUCAUUGGCUUAGGAACCCCAAGCCAGAACCUGUCUGGAACUCUUUCUUCAACCAUUGGGAAUUUAACAAACCUUCAAAUUGUGUUGUUGCAGAACAACAAUAUCACAGGUCCAAUUCCACCAGAGUUUGGGAGGCUCUCAAAGCUUCAAACACUUGAUCUAUCAAAUAAUUUCUUCACGGGGGAAAUUCCUUCUUCUUUAGGCCAUUUAAGAAGCCUACAGUACUUGAGGCUUAACAAUAACAGUCUUUCUGGAGCAAUUCCAAUGUCUUUAGCUAACAUGACACAGCUUGCCUUUCUUGAUGUGUCUUAUAAUAACAUCAGUGGACCUCUUCCUAGAUUUCCCAGCAAAACAUUCAACAUUGUUGGGAACCCUCUGAUUUGUGCAACCGGGUCCGAGGCCGGUUGCCAUGGUACAACUCUAAUGCCUAUGUCCAUGAAUUUGAACAGUACGCAAACUGGUUUACCUGCUGUGAGAUUGAAGAGUCAUAAAAUGGCCCUUACAUUUGGCUUGAGCUUAGCUUGCCUAUGUCUGAUUGUUCUUGUAUUUGGACUGUUCAUAUGGUGGAGAAGACGAAGCAAUCGACCUACAUUCUUCGAUGUAAAAGACCAACAACAUGAGGAAAUUUCGCUUGGAAAUUUGAGAAGGUUUCAAUUUAGAGAACUUCAGAUAGCAACAAACAACUUCAGCAGCAAGAACAUACUAGGAAAGGGAGGUUUUGGAAACGUUUACAAAGGAAUUCUUUCGGAUGGAACAGUUGUAGCUGUUAAGAGGCUCAAAGAUGGGAAUGCAAGUAGAGGCGAGAUCCAGUUUCAGACUGAAGUUGAGAUGAUCAGCCUGGCCGUGCACCGUCAUCUCCUCAGAUUAUAUGGAUUUUGCAACACACCAACUGAAAGGCUUCUUGUUUACCCAUAUAUGUCGAAUGGAAGUGUUGCAUCACGUCUCAAAGGAAAACCGGUAUUAGACUGGGGAACAAGGAAGAGAAUUGCUAUAGGAGCUGCUAGGGGAUUGUUAUACCUACAUGAACAGUGCGACCCAAAGAUAAUACAUAGAGAUGUUAAGGCUGCAAACAUAUUGCUUGAUGACUACUGCGAAGCUGUCGUUGGAGAUUUCGGGUUAGCAAAACUUUUGGAUCAUCAAGAUUCUCAUGUCACUACUGCUGUGAGAGGCACUGUGGGACAUAUAGCUCCCGAGUAUCUAUCCACUGGACAGUCGUCUGAGAAAACAGAUGUUUUCGGAUUCGGAAUCCUACUCCUUGAACUGAUCACAGGGCAGAGAGCCCUUGAAUUUGGCAAAGCAGCUAAUCAGAAAGGAGGCAUUCUUGACUGGGUGAAGAGGAUUCAUCUAGAGAAGAAGCUCGAAGUGUUAGUGGACAAGGAUCUAAAAGCCAACUAUGACAGAGUUGAACUAGAAGAAAUGGUCCAAGUGGCUUUGUUAUGCACACAAUACUUACCAGGACAUAGACCAAAAAUGUCAGAAGUUGUGAGAAUGCUUGAAGGAGAAGGACUUGCUGUGAGAUGGGAAGCUUCUCAAAGAGUUGAUUCAACAAAGUGCAAACCCCAUGAUUUCUCUUCCUCAGACAGAUACUCUGAUCUCACAGAUGAUUCUUCAUUGCUGGUUCAAGCCAUGGAGCUCUCUGGUCCAAGGUGAAAAAACCCUUUUUUUCAAAAAUUCUUUGGCUAAGUUCUACCAGUUCUUGAAGAGUUUAGUAUAUUAAGAAAAUUUUCAUAGAUGAAGUUCUUUUUUUUUUUUUUUUUUUUUUUUUUGUUCUUCUUGGGGUGCAUAGGAGUUGAAAGUUUGUUGUAACAUAUUAGCAUGUUGAAGCUCUACAAGGGCUUUGUUAUUUUCUUCCUCCAAUUGUAUAGGGCCGUUUGAUAACAAUUUUGUUUCGAAGUUUCUGUUUAAGAAAAAUUAUGCCUACAGUAUCUACAUUUAUGCC